AUGCCACCUUGGUCGUUCGGAUACGCUCCAGUCGAGCAAGACGAUCAAGAGGAAUUGAAUGAGAGUGGUAUUGUAGGUACUGAGAGUUCAAAUGAAGCCGAAAUACCACAGAACCCUCCAGAAUAUCAGGAAGGUGAGGAUGAAGGCGUUGCCAGCACUAUGGUGCCGUUUGAAUUUGAAGAAACUGACAGUUCGAAUAAGGUAGGGAAAGUUGAGCAGUUGAAGCAAAAUUUCAAGCAAUAUGUGGUGACUCCCGUCCGUGAACGAGUUGCGGAUCCGUUGGCGAUGCUCAUUUCAAUGGCUUCCCAUAAGGUUGACUACUACCUCAGCAAAGUUGGUAACCCGCUCAUUCUACGGCGAUUUGUUUAUGUGCUGUUUAUUUCAGCCUUCAUCUACUACGUUUCAUCCAGUGGGCUCAUGCCUAACGCAAGGACUUCGGGGAGUCGAGGAAUGUUCUCGGAUAAAGAGCAACUGAUGAGCUAUGCCAAGCGUGCGUUAGAUCUCUCCAAGAUGGAAAAGGAUCUGGAGUUUCUUAGCAGUAUGCCACAUAUGGCCGGGACGUCAGGCGACCUUGCGUUGGCCCAGUACAUAAUGGAGGCGUUUGAUAAUAAUGGGCUGCGGGAAGCGAGUUACGGUGGCUUUGAAAGUUACUUAAACUACCCAGGAAAGUCAAAUCUAAUAGCGCACUCUUCGCAAGGACAGAGUCUCGAAUUGAACCUUACGGACGAAAACUUCAAUCCGCUAAGUGCUAAAGGUGAAAUUAUCGGUGCGCAACUAAUGUAUGCCCAUUUUGGCUCUCAAGAGGACUUUCAGUUGCUUGCCGAUAAUGAUUUGAUUAACGAGAAAACAAUUGUGCUACUGCGUUAUGAUUCAAAUCCAGGGGAACAGGUUUACAGAGCCCAAGAUUUUGGUUUCAAAGGCGUCAUUUUCAUUUCUGACGGUUACGGUGAAAGCGAAAUCGACAGUAUUCAACAAAUGUCAGUCCAUAACUUUCGCUAUAGUAUGGGUGAUCCACUAACGCCUGGCUGGUCUGCAUUUUUAGGCGCUAAAAUUACUAUAGAUGAGUCACCGAUAAUUCCCAAAAUACCUAGCAUACCGAUAUCUAGAAGGCAAGCUGAAAAUCUUCGAGGCCUAUUUUCAAACGACCAAGGGGUGCAGUUUGAUGACGGAUGGUAUAGUGGUGGUGCUGGUGAUGUUACAGUUGACUUUUUAUUGAGUCCUGUGGAGAGAUCUGAACACAUAACAUGGAAUGCUGUCGGGAUAAUUGAGGGCAGAGAACAAAAUGACAAGGGCAUUGUUAUUUGUUCUGCAAGAGACUCCUCGUGCACUGGAUGUACAUAUCCCAAUUACGGAACUGCUGCGCUUUUAUCCUUAGCUCAGUUGUUUCAACAAGCCAAAUAUAAAUACGAUUGGAAACCACUUCGAAAUAUUCACUUCAUGUCAUACGAUGCCUCUGAGUUCGGACAUGCAGGUGUUACUGAGCUUUUGGAAGCACAGCUUCCCAAGUUUCAAAACGAAAUCUAUUCCGUCGUGGACAUAAGUCAGUUGGGUAUCGACCCCGAUUCUCAGAAACUUGACAUCCAAACUAAUCCUCUGUUGUUCGAGCUUUUUAAGGACGAAGAACUAAAAAUGGGGUUUGAAACAGAUGUCAGAAACGUGCAGCAAUUCGGCGACUGGAGCGCUUAUUUGGCCAAAAACAUACCGGUAACAAUCAUCUCUGCGCCUCAUAUUUUAGAGCGGAAGUACCCCAUUUACACAUGUGAUGAUACAUUUGAAAGAUUACUAGAAGUAGCGGGAGAUGAUUACUGGGAAAGAUCAUCAGAAUUGAUCUUGUAUGUCUUCCAAAUGACGCUUAAGUUGAUAGACGAGCCAAUGAUUCCAUUCGACUUCAAAUAUUUUUCUAGCGAACUCUUUCACUUGUUACAGGAUCUGGAACAGAGUGCCGACGGAAUGAACCUUGAUGUUCAGCCACUUGUAGAGUCACUAGAUUUGUGGACGAUCGUUGGAAAGCAUGCUUCAUCCUGGGUAGAGGCUUGGAAUAACAUUGUCAUGGUCGAAAACGAAGGUCUAGAGCCAUCCCUCUUAUCAGUAAAUCGAUGGAGCUGGAAUAAAAAAAUUGGCGAGGUCUUACGUUCUAUGAAGGUGACCGGCAUCCCUCAGCGGCCCUUUUACACAAAUGGUAUUUUUGGACCGACACUAAAAGACCAAACCCCCUAUGACUCCUGGAGUUUUCCUAGCAUUAGAGAUGCCAUAAAGGAUCACGAUCAGGCUUUGGCCCAGAAGGAGAUUGAUCACAUUGCCAGCUUGCUCAAAGAAGGUGCUCAUAUGUUUGUCGAGAGUUCUGAAGUCCGUAAAUGA